CACAAGAUGGCGGACCGCAGCAGCAGCAGUUUCUCUAGAACAAAAAGGCCGAGUAGUUAAAACUUCUCUUGACUUUGUUAAACUCUACUUUUCCCGCUCUGACCGGAGACAUGAGCGGCCCCCGCCGCCCCUGACGGUCCAUUUACCGGCUGUGUGUUUCCCGGUAAUGUUCCCUUGAAUCUCCGCCGUCUGAACGGACUUUGGAAGGUCAGACGUGGGUCCUCCAAUAUGGCGGCAGCGUCGUACGACCAGCUGUUGAGGCAGGUGGAGGUGUUAAAGAUGGAGAACUCCAACCUGAGACAGGAGUUGCAGGACAACUCCAACCACCUGACCAAACUGGAGACUGAGGCCUCUAACAUGAAGGAAGUGCUGAAGCAGCUACAGGGCACCAUAGAAGAAGAGUCUGGAGAGGCAUCUGGCUCUCAGCUUGAGCUCAUCGAGAGACUGAAAGAGAUGAGCCUGGACUCUGCAGGGUUUAAACCCAGAUCGAGGCCUCCUCUGCCCCCCUUGUCCUCCUCCAGCUCGGCCUCUUCUGGUUCAGGAGCUCCUGGAGGAGCAGCAGGAGGCUCCGUAGCUCCAGGACCCCCGACCACCACCGGCUUCCCCAGAAGAGGGCUGCCGACUGCGGGCAGAGACUGCCAUGACCGCUGCCUGGAAGAGCUGGAGAAGGAGAGGUCUCUCCUGUUGGCCGAGCUGGAGAAGGAGGAGAAGGAGAAAGACUGGUACUAUGCUCAGCUGCAGAACCUGACCAAGAGGAUUGACAGUCUGCCGCUCACUGAGAACUUUACUCUUCAGACAGACAUGAGUCGUCGUCAGCUGGAGUUUGAGGCUCGUCAGAUCCGUUCAGCGAUGGAGGAACAGCUGGGCUCCUGUCAGGAGAUGGAGAGAAGAGCUCAGGCUCGAGUGUCUCGUAUUCAACAGAUAGAGAAAGACAUCCUGAGACUGGGAACACGCCUGGAGGUGGAGGAAGCUCAGGGGGCGAGCGACAGCAGCGGAUUGGCCGGAGCUCAGAGCUCCAGCAGUCGUUUGGACCACGAGCCAGCUAAUGAUGCGAGCUACUCUGUGCCUCGACGAAUCACAAGCCACCUCGGAACCAAGGUGGAGAUGGUGUACAGUCUUCUGUCGAUGUUGGGGACUCAUGAUAAAGACGACAUGUCGCGGACACUGCUCGCCAUGUCGAGCUCACAGGACUCGUGCAUUGCCAUGCGUCAGUCUGGCUGUCUGCCGCUACUCAUCCAGCUGCUGCACGGCAAUGACAAGGACUCCCUGUUGCUAGGUAACUCCCGGGGCAGUAAAGAGGCUCGUGCGCGAGCUUCAGCAGCGCUGCAUAACAUCGUCCAUAGUCAGCCCGACGAUAAGAGAGGCCGCCGUGAGAUCAGAGUUCUCCACCUGUUGGAACAGGUGCGUCAUUACUGUGAGGCAUGUUGGAGCUGGCAGGAGAACCACGAGAGGGGUGUCGACCAGGAGGACAACCCCAUGCCGUCUCCGGUGGAGCAUCAGAUCUGUCCUGCCGUCUGCGUCCUCAUGAAACUGUCCUUCGAUGAAGAACAUCGUCACGCCAUGAAUGAACUUGGUGGUCUUCAGGCGGUGGCGGAGCUGCUACAGGUGGACUGCGAGAUGUUCGGUCUGAGUAGUGACCAUUACAGCGUCACACUGCGGCGAUACGCCGGCAUGGCACUCACCAACCUCACCUUUGGAGACGUAGCCAAUAAGGCCACGCUGUGCUCCAUGAAGGGCUGCAUGAGGGCGAUGGUCGCUCAGCUCAAAUCUGACAGUGAAGACCUGCAGCAGGUGAUUGCGAGCGUGUUGAGGAACUUGUCGUGGCGUGCUGAUGUCAACAGUAAGAAGACACUGCGUGAGGUGGGCAGCGUGCGAGCGCUGACGGGCUGUGCUCUCGAGGUCCAGAAGGAGUCGACCCUGAAGUCCGUACUGAGCGCGCUCUGGAACCUGUCGGCUCACUGUACGGAGAACAAGGCAGAUAUCUGUGCCGUGGACGGCGCCCUGGCUUUUCUGGUGGGAACGUUGACGCACCGCAGCCACACCAACACACUCGCCAUCAUUGAGAGCGGCGGUGGCAUCCUGCGCAACGUCUCCAGCCUCAUCGCCACCAAUGAGGCACACAGGCAGAUCCUGCGUGAGCAUGGCUGCCUGCCGACGCUGCUGCAGCACCUAAAGUCCCACAGUUUGACCAUCGUGUCCAAUGCCUGCGGGACGCUCUGGAAUCUGUCAGCCAGAGACGCCAAAGACCAGGAGGCAUUAUGGGAGCUUGGUGCCGUGGGCAUGCUGCGCAACCUCAUUCAUUCCCGACACAAGAUGAUCGCCAUGGGCAGCGCCGCUGCCCUGCGUAACCUGAUGGCUAACCGGCCGGCGCGCUACAAAGAUGCCAGCGUGGUGUCGCCAGGCGCCGGUGCUCCUUCACUACACGCCCGCAAACAGAAGGCGUUGUUUGAGGAGCUGGACGCUCAGCAGCUGUCAGAGACUUUUGACAACAUUGACAACUUGAGCCCCAAGGCGGCACACAGGAAGGGACGGGGCUGUAACGGCGCCGGAGGCGGAGGAGGGAGCACGACACGCUCAUACGCCAACACACCGGUGCUUUCGAGUCCAAAGAAUGGAGACGGAUCGAAGAGGACAGGUGAGGAAACAGCAUACGCCCGGCCGGUGUUCCCGCCCAGUGUACGCGCGUCCAGUGACAGCCUCAACAGCGUGACGAGCGCUGAUGGAUAUGGCAACCGUGGCAAGACCAAACCAUCAUCAGAGCCAUUCUACUCAUCAGAUGAAAGCGGCGCCAGCAAGUGUUGUGUCUAUAGAAAGUACCCGGCCGACCUGGCACACAAGAUUCGCAGUGCCAACCACAUGGCGGACGACGACGGCGCGGAGCUUGACACUCCCAUUAAUUACAGCCUGAAGUACUCUGACGAACAGCUGAACUCUGGGAGACAGAGUCCAAGUCACCGCAGCAGCAUCGAGAGCGACGAGGACGAUGAACUGGACGCCAGGCUGAGGAGGAGGAAUGACGGCAGUGACUCAGCGCCAACCGGCAGCCGCAUAGCGUCUGUCCAACAACAACGCUAUGUCGUCACCACGGCAACAUCAAACUAUGGCGGUGACUCGACAGGCGAGCAGCCAAUCGACUACAGUUUAAAGUACAGUGCUGAUGCCGCCCGCAAACCGCUGUUCAAGGCAGAAGAGACUGUUGCUCCGUCAGUCCCGCCUCCUCCAUCAUCCUCUACCAACAAGCUCCGUCCCCCUCCCCCCCCAGCCAAUCGGACGGUGCAGAAAAGCAACCAGGAGUCAACGCAGACGUAUUGUGUAGAGGACACGCCCAUCUGCUUCUCCAGAGGCAGCUCACUCUCCUCGCUGUCGUCAGAGGAGGAAGAGGAAGAUGGCGAUGUCAUUGGGAGGAAGAGAAGGGGUGGGAGCAGCAGUGGCGGUAACGACUACCCAACACUUCCUGUCAGCGAGAAAGACGCACAUGAGCAGCAGCAGAGGCAGCAGAAGGAGGCUGAAAGCCAGACCGCCUCUGCUGCAGCCGUUCCCUCCUCACGGGGAAGACGAGGUCACCACCACCAUCACAGCCACGCCCACCACCAUCACCACCAUCAUGUGACAUCAUCAUCGGGUGCCAGGACUCCUAAGAGUCCUCCAGAACAGCCGUACGCUCAGGAGACGCCGCUGAUGUUCAGCCGCUGUACGUCAGUCAGCUCCCUCGACAGCUUCUCCACCUCUUCCAUCGCAAGCUCUGUGCGCUCCAGCGAACCGUGCAGCGGCGUGCCGAGUGGCGUAGUCAGCCCCAGCGACCUGCCUGACAGCCCGGGACAGACCAUGCCGCCAAGCCGUGCCAAAACGCCGCCACUGCCGCCGCCGCCACAGACCACAAAGGAGGAGGAAAAGACCAAGAAGAAGGAUGAGGAGGAGAGCUGCGCUGACGUCCUGCUGCACUUUGCCACAGAGAGCACGCCACAUGGCUUCUCCCGAGCCUCAAGUCUGAGCGCGCUCAGUCUGGAUGAGCCGUACAUUGCAGCGGAGAUGAAGGGGAAGACAGAGGAGGUGGAGAUGGAGGUGGGAGGGAACGAAGAAAGGAAGGAAGAGGAGGUGGCAAAACCAAUCCUCGACGAAUCGGAUGACGAUGAUGACAUCGAGAUCCUGGAGGCGUGUAUCAACAUGGCGAUGCCCAAGUCAUCACGGAAACCAAAGAAACAGCAACAAGCAGCGCCAAGGAAACCUAGCCAGCUUCCUGUUUACAAGCUCCUCCCACCUCAAAGCCGUGCCCAAUCACAGCAGAGGAAGGACGUGCCACCGCCGCCGGAGGAGGUGCCCCGAGUUUACUGUGUUGAGGGAACGCCACUCAACUUCUCCACCGCCACCUCUCUCAGCGACCUCACCAUCGACUCCCCACCCAAUGAGGAGGCAGCAGCAGCUGUCAUACCAGUAGCUCCGCCCACCUCCAGCCAGAAGAGGGGAGCCGGCCUGCCUGAGGGUGAGAAUGGUGACGACAUCCUCGCCGAAUGCAUCAGCGCCGCCAUGCCCAAAGCCAAACCCAGAAAACCAAUCAGAGCACCAGCGAACAGUGAGCACCUCCAAGCCCCAUCUCUUCCUCCUCCAGUCCCACCCCCUCUCAGCCUGCAGCAGCAGAAGAAGAAGCCUACAUCGCCAGUGAAGCCGAUGCCCCAGCGGGUGCCAUACGGUGUCACCACAGCAACAGUUGCCAAAGCAAAACCAGGGUUUGCCUUUGACUCACCGCACCACUACACACCCAUCGAGGGUACGCCAUGCUGCUUCUCACGCAACGACUCACUGAGCUCGCUUGACUUUGAUGAAGAUGAUGGUGGUGAGAAAGACGAAGAGAAGAAAACAAAAGAAGAAGGCAGGAAGAGGAAACAGCAGACGGCUGCUGUUUUCCCUCGAACGAAGCCGACGACCAACCCGACAGCGUCGGAUGAGAAGCAGAAGUUCGCCAUCGAGGACACGCCUGUCUGCUUCUCCAGGAACUCCUCCCUCAGCUCGCUGAGCGACAUUGACCAGGAGAACAAUAAUAAGGAGUUCGCUCCGCCGCCACCGGCCCCGCCGCCUGAGCAGCAAGAUGGAGGCAAAACAGGAAUCAAGUCUCCUCCUCCUCCACAGGAAGAGUUGAAGCCCCACCCCCCUGCAGCGAGCGGCUAUGCCCCCAAAGCAUUUCACGUGGAGGACACGCCCGUGUGCUUCUCCCGGAACUCGUCGCUUAGCUCACUGAGCAUCGACUCCGAGGACGACCUCCUGCAGGAGUGCAUCAGCUCAGCCAUGCCCAAGAAGAAGAAGAAGGCUGCAGCCGCCACUGCCGCUGUCGCAACGCCACUUCCAGUUACUAAAACUGAAGAUGGCAUUUUGGCUGAGGAGGAGCCGUCAGAGGCCCCAAGAAGCCCCGCCUCCCCUGACUCAGAGUCAUUUGAUUGGAAGGCGAUCCAGGAAGGCGCCAACUCCAUCGUCAGCAGCCUGAAUGCUGCCGCUGCCGCCGCCUCAUCACUGUCCCGCCAACCGUCAUCAGACUCUGACUCGGUGCUGUCCCUGAAGUCUGUGGGCUCGCCCUUCCGCAUGCCAGCAGCCAAUAACAACGCAGAGGAGGAGAUGGAGGAGAAGGAGGAGGUAGCGGUGAAGCGAGGGGCGAGGAUCCUGAAGGGCGGAGAACGCAGCACGCUGGAGGCAAAGAAGGAGGAGGAGGAAGAGGCGAAGGCCGUGAGAGGCGGGAAGAAGGUCUACAGGAGUUUGAUCACAGGAAAGCCAAGGGCGGAGCCAGCAGCCAGGGGGCGGAGUAAACCCAGAGCAGCACCCGUGGCCAAAGCCCCAGGAAGCAGCGACGGUGCUGACAGAGGAGGCGGGUCCUCUCGGGACUCCACACCAUCUCGCUCCUCCACAGCAGCCAGUCAGAAGGGAGGGAGGCUGCUGCAGAUGCCACGCACGGCGUCUCCAGGAAGUGCAUCUUCAUCAUCAUCAUCGGCCUCCAGACCGGCCAAACAGAGUGGGGCAGCGAGGAGCGGCGGGGGCAUCCCGAGGAGCGAGUCAGCGUCGAGGGUCAGCGGCUCCACAGUGGCCAAGAAGCAGAAGGCAGAGCCAGAGAAGCCGGCUCUGGUCCGUCAGUCGACCUUCAUCAAAGAAGCACCGAGCCCAACGCUAAAGAGGAAGCUGGAGGAGUCUGCAGCGGCGGCAGUGGCAGGUGCAACGGCGUUAGAUUCACCGUCUAGCCCUGAUACACCGCUACCUCCAACAACUAGGAGACACGACAUUAACCGCUCACACUCAGAGAGUCCGUCACGCCCACAGGACAUGACAUCAUCACGCUUCAGCCGCACCGGUACCUGGAAGCGGGAAAACAGCGGUGGGGCAGGAGGAGGGAGUGGCGGUAAACACUCAACAUCGUUACCACGUGUGGGGACGUGGAAGAGGACAGGAAGCUCAUCAUCAGUGCUGUCAGCGUCAUCUGAGUCCAGCGAGAAGGGGCGGAGCGAAGAGGAGAGCGCCGUGAGGUCGAAGGGAACGUGGAGAAAGGCAAAGAGUGGCGGCAGUGACUUAUCAGCUGGGCGGAGCUUAACUGAUAAAUCAGAAGACGUGUGGGUUCGUCUGGAGGACUGUCCCGUCAACAACCCACGCUCCUCCUCUUCCUGUUCAGCCCGCUCUCCCACAGCUGCCAAUGCCCCACCCGUCAUUGACAGCCCUGCCCCCUCCAAGAUUCCCUCCUCCUCCUCUUCCUCCUCCUCCAACCUCAACCUGCGCCGAAGCUGCGAGAGCCUUGACGACAAGCCGCCGCCCGAACGCCAACAACAACAACAACAACAACAACACCAGCAGCAGCAGCAGCAGCAGCAGCGCACUCAGCAGCGCAGCGGUGCCGUGGCGGCAAGAGUCAGCCCCUUCAACUACACGCCUAGCCCGAGGAAGAGCAAUGCUGAUGCCACCGCCACGCCAACCACCACCACAUCUUCAUCAACGACCCCAACACGACCUUCACUCAUUCCCACACCAGUCACCAAAAAACGGGAGCCGAAGGGUGGAGAAGGCGGCGGUGGCGGCAGCAGCAGUGGAGAGCGCGGCUCAUACAUUGUGACAUCAGUGUGAAAAGAACCAGGAAGAAGACUGUUGGACAGAGAAGGUGUAAAUAUGGAGGAGCGUCCGAGUGUUUGUUUGUGAACUGUACAGGAAAUGAGUCUGUAUUUAAGCCCCCUCACCUCCCUCCUCUCCCCCCAUUGGCUCCUUUCACAUGUCAGUCAAGGUUCUUUAUUCGACGAGAGAAAACUUUGAAUAUCAACUUUUUAUGUUUUUAUACCACUAAAAUAACGUGUAGCGCUUAGCUCCGCCCCCUCUGCCUGUGUCCCUGCAUGGCCCCGCCCCCUUAACGAUGACAGUUACUAUGGUGAUAUAACGAUGAAGAUGACAAUGAUUAUGAUGUUUCUGCUAGCUGUAGCGUCUGAGCUGAUUUCAUAUUGUUUUGAGUUUGGUUCUGAGAGAAAACACGUUUAUUUUUUAUGUCUGACGCGUCCGAGGGCGUCGCCAUGUACGUUUGUUAGAGCGUCAUUACGAACGAUUGUGAGAGCGUCAUUAGGUGUCGGCACGUACGUUUGUGAGGGCGUUGGCACAUCUAACAGAAUCCUGAUGCAUCCAAGGGCGUCAAAGCGUCUGACAGACUCCUGGAUGUUCCUCGGCUUUGAUUGUCCAAAAUGUUUUCCACUGUUUUCUACGUGCAGCAUUGAGGAGCGUUCAUGAGAGUUCAAGAGAGUUCAAGAGAGUUAAGGAAUGUUCAGGAGAGCUGAGUAGCGUUCAGCAGCGUUCAGGAGCGUUCAGCAGCGUUCAGGAGAGUCCAGGAGCAUUCAGGAGAGUUCAGGAGCAUUCAGAAGUGUCAGCAGCGUUCAGGAGAGCUCAAUAGCGUUCAGGAGAGCUCAAUAGCGUUCAGGAGAGUUCAGGAGAGUUCAGCAGCGUUCAGGGGCGUUAAGGAGCAGACAGAUCAUAGAUGUACAUUUUGUGUCGGACAAUGUAAUAACGUGUUUUUCAGAACCUCACUCGUCUCUCACACAGACAGGAAGUUUACUGCUGACCUGUAAACACCUGUGAGGAUCACUUCCUGUUGAUUUGAUAAACUUUCUGCUCGCCUUGGAAACAAAUAACACUGUAAAACGUUAAGUUAUUGCUGUAAAACCUUUGAAGCACAUAAUUUAAAAUGGCUGUAACAUGAUUCACUGUUUUUAUGUUGAUGACGCAGGAAACAAAUUUUUGGUCUGACGUUAACGAUGAAAAAUAAAAGUAAACAUUUUAACUGCAGAA